UAAAAAUGCAGACUUCAAGGGUGACGUUUCGUUUCGGGGUCAUGUGGCUUUUAUAAGAGGGAUUUGGGGAAGUGAAAACAUUGUAGCAACCCGUUAUCUCGCUCCGUAUUUCAACGGGCCGUUUUAAUAUUAUUAUCCGGGCAUUGCAAUUACAUUCAUUUACAAAGAUGACCACCUUUGGAAAGCUUUCUGUGGAGGUGAAAGUGGCGAUUGCAAGUGGCGUUGUUUUCUUUUCCAUGUUUAUCUCCAGAACGUUCUUGACGGAAAACGUCGACAAAGUGACGAGAUCGAAAUUGUUCCGAUUUCAGUUCUUGCUGUUAGUCAACUGCUUGAUGCUACUCGGCUCGCUGUACAUUUGGAAGAAGACGGUUGUGACUUUGUGCAGAGCGAGCGGUCCAGCUUCCUACCUGACAGGCUGCUGGAAAUGUACUGUGCUGUUGUUUCUCGCGUUUGCCCACCUCAGUUACUUCACGUUGCUGUACCUGGUUUCAGAAGAACCUUACACGUUUUCGCUGAUCGCUUACACCUGCCUCGGGUCCUACGUCAUUCUACUAUUUUUCUUAUUUACUUUCGGGUGCAUCGAGCAAGGCUACCGUCUCCUUGCACGAAGAUCAGGCAAAACACUGACUGCCGCAGCCGGCACCAGCAAGUGUGCAAACAAAAAAAUCAUCCUGGCCAUCGGUGUCACCGUGGCAUUGACCUGUGUGGGCCUUCUCAAUGCUGCCAGACCCCCUGCAUUAGUACAUGUAGAAAUCCCGGUGCACAAUCUACCGGCUUCAUUCAAUAACCUGAAGCUGGUUUUACUGGCAGACAUUCACCUUGGCGCCACCGUGGGGAAGUCAAAGCUUGCAAUGAUUGUGCGAAUGGUAAAUGACCUGCAGCCAGAUAUGGUAGUGAUUGCUGGGGACCUGACUGACUCUCCGGUGUCUAGUCUCGGUACAGCCACAGAGCCUCUGAGGCAGCUUCAACCCCGACUGGGAACGUACUUCAUUACAGGUAACCACGAGUACUACACUGCGGACGUCAGUAACUGGUUCAGCCACCUCAGGUCAUUAAACAUCCAGCCUCUUCACAACAGCAACGCCAGGGUCAGCCUGUCCCGGGACAGCGAUGAAUGGCUGUGUCUGGCGGGAGUGGACGACCUGGAAGCCCGGUUGUUACGGUACACAGGACACGGGAUGGAUCUAGAGAAGGCCCUCACUGGAUGCAGCCCUGACCGAGCCAUUGUGCUGCUGGCUCACCAGCCCCUCGCUGCCAAGAAAGCUCUGCAGGCACGGCCAGACAUCAGCCUCAUCCUCUCAGGGCACACCCACGGUGGACAGAUAUUCCCUCUCACCAUCGCUGCCUACCUGCUCAACCCUUUCUUCAGCGGACUCUACAAGGUGGGAGACAGGAGCUUCGUCUAUGUCACGCCCGGAACAAUGUAUUAUGGGAUACCCAUGAGGAUCGCAAGCAGAGCAGAGAUAACAGAAAUCAUUCUGAAGAGUCCCUGAGUGGCCUUGGAAACUCAGCGGACGUGGGCAUUUCAUUGACCACAGAGUUCACUAAAACACCAAGAGAACCUCAGCUAAAACUGGCUCAGCAAAGUUUUCUGACCUUGGCUCAUUUUGCAGAUUUCAAGGCAGUGUGUUUCAAUGCAUUCAUCAAAAAGAGAAUAGACAUCAAAAAGCUGCAUCUGGUUAAUAGUAGGGUUUGGAUGACCAAAAACUUGAAUUUUUAUUUAUGAAUACUAAAGAGAACUGUAACUUCUCUUCCUGUAGAAAUAGGCAUUUCUUGUGAAGUAAGACACCACUUAUAGUUUUAAAAACAUGAAUAAGAUGUUUCCAUAACAAAGACUCUCGAGGGGGAUGGACAAAAAACUAGACGGAGGGUAAACAGCACAUUGUGAGAGCGAGACGCACAGUUCUGGACAAUAUUUCUUCAGGCACAGUACAGUCAUCUUGGGAUGGCACGGUAAUGGGCAGGCAGCAAUAUUUAUUGAAUAAAAUGAACCCAAUGCAGUUAAACACUGCUGUUGAUCUAGUAUCCCCCACUGUGUGGGGAUUCGUAGCUACAUCGCAAGGAGCCUGCAGCGUUGUAAGAUGGACCGUCAUGCUUUAUUCUCUGGUUCAUUUUGUAUGAGGGCUCCUUUGCGUCAUGUAUUGUAAUUUGAGGACAUUGAAAAAGACUUCUAGACAAAUCGUUUGUCAUUGAGUUUAUGUUUCUUUUAGCAUUUUUAAAUUCUGCACUACUGAGUGGUUAUUAGUUAUGGAUGAUGUAAUGUGACAAUGUGUUUUGCUACACCGUGCAGCUCAUAAAAUAAAUACACUAUUGAAUGUAUUGAAUACAUUGAAGGCUUUGCUGAGGGUUCAGAUACGUUGUUGUGCUGUUUAUCAAAGUAGAUUAUUUCUUCACUAAACUGAAGCAAAUAAAAUGCUCUUCAACUUGA